AUGGGGAGAGCGCCGUGUGCAUUCGGUUGUCUCGUCCUGUUUCAGGUUCUCCUCGGCAUGCUGAUGGAGGUACGGCUCUCUCAGAUGCGAUCAUGGUUCGAAGAUCCCAACCUCGCGCUCUCGGAAUGGUUCUUCACCUCGCCUGAUAAAUUUGAGAAUGUGCGGAUGAUGCGGAGGAGGGCGGGCGGCGCCAUGGCGCUGGCGAAGUACAGCUGCACGUCAGUCCAUGGAAGCCUUGUCGCUGACCCGCUGACCCCCAGCCCGUCGCGCUUCUGCUUGAAUGGCAGCUACAGUUGGGGAAGAUGUAGUGAGGGGCGGUUUCUGUGCCUGACAACAGCAAGGGAGCAUUGCUUGCGUUCGUUACGCAAAUCUUCAGGCCUCUUUGACCGCCUCAUGUUCUAUCUCUUUGCUAGAAAGGACUGCGAGCUGUUGACGGGCUGCCGAGAGGUUGCAAGCAAGUACGGCAAGGUUGAGCACACCAAACAAGUCCCGACCUGCUUUAGGGAAGAGGUGCGGUACGCCUGCAGGAAGAUGGACAAAGUUUGCUACAUAGAACAAGGGGAAGUGAAACGGCUGGAGGAUCUAUGCUUGAGCUGGGAGGAGUCUGUCUCGUCCUGCGUUCCGGGGAACCAACGGCUCUGCCCCACUGCUCCUCCCGCCAACGUCAGCUCGGCAAGAGCGAAAGGCGAGGAGAAGAGUGCUUCGGAGGGUGGUCGGCCCAGCCUCUGCACUUACAAGGAGGCAAUCUCAGCAGCUGAGUUGAGAGGAAAGAGGAGGAGCGUGCUGAUGCGAUGGGACGGGAGGAUGUGUAACCACAUGAUCCAAUACCUCUACGCUCGCUUGCUCGCAGACACCCAUGGGUAUGGCUUGCGCGUCCUUCAUGACUUUGGGUUACUCAAGCAAUGUCCCGGCAUCACGUUUGACCCUGUUGAUGACGAGGAUCGCGCAUACAUCCCCGUUGAGAACGGGCUGUGGAACCAGAACUACCUCUUCUUCGCGUCGUCCAGAGAGCUGGCAUGGCAAAUCUUUGUCGGAAGAGAGAAGAAGUUUGUUCCCAACAUGAUCGUUGUGCACUUCCGCCGUCUUGAAGUAGAUUAUGGUACACCGAUCCGAAAUCCGCCAUUGACUUACUACACUUCUAUACUCGACAAGCUGACGACUCCGGAGAGCAACCUGUGGAUAGUCACAGAGCCGGAUCAGGAGAGGAACCCUGUAGUCCAGCACCUCGUACAGCAUUAUGGCGGGACCAUACACGGUCAGAGUCCGUACCUCGACUUUCUCCUGGGGUUGCAUGCCGAGUAUUUCAUUGGGUCUGAGGGAACUUUCUCUUGGAUGAUCGCGUUCCUUUUCCUGGGCAAGAAGUUUUUCCUUUCCUACGAUCCGGACAUCUGCCAGGGCUCCGUCUGGUAUCCGCUGCACCAUCUCUUUAUCCAUGAUGACCCGAGGGCGUUCUACCUUCGCACAGAUAACCUGUCGACAGCCUUGACGGCUGCUCAGGUCCUGAGCGAGGGCUCGAAGUUUUCAAGGUGCGUCAGUGAGCGAACUGAUCAAGCCCCAGCCUCUGAACAGCAGAAGAAGAAGAAGAAGAAGAAGAAGAAGAAGAAGAAGAAGAAGAAGAAGAAGAAGAAGAAGAAGAAGAAGAAGAAGAAGAACAUCAAGAAGAAGAACAUCAAGAAGAAGAAGAAUAUGGUCUAA